AUGUUAUUUAUGAAACUUCCAAAUGAAAUUAUUUAUCACAUCUUUGAUUUUUUAAAAUCAUCCGAUAUUCUUCAAUCAUUCUCACAUCUUAAUCAUCGAUAUGACAAUCUCAUCCAGUCAUAUAUAAAAUAUCUUGAUUUAACAAAUGGUUGGAAUGGAAAUCAACAAGAUUUACAAUGGAUUUCCAAAACAAUUCAAAAACUUAAAAUUAAUCAAUUGAAUUUUUAUAUAAAAGAUAAUUAUCAAUUUCCACAACUUCAAUCAUUAUAUCUUGAUAAUAUAUUUGUAUAUGGAGAUUGGAUAUCAAAAAUGAAUUUAAAAAGUCUUACUCUUUGGUCCAACGAGAUUCCAUCGUGUUAUGCUGCUGACAUAACAAUUCCAGAAACAGUGGUUCGUUUUUCUACGAAUCUUCCAAUCGAUCUCAAUUUAUUACAUACAAAUCUAAUUGAUUUGAAUAUAAAGAUAACAUCUGUAAUAGAUCUUAUUAAAAUUGUUCAAAAAAUACCUCUCGUCCAGCGUUUAUCGAUUACUUUCUAUCAAGAUUAUCGUAUGGAAGAUGAUGAUAUUCAUGAUUAUGAAGCAAUGAUUGACAAAUUAGAACCAUUGAAUGAAUUAAAAUUUUUUUCUCUUUCAACAAGCUAUGACAAAUGGAGCAAGAAUAAUAUAGGUUUACCAUUUAAUAAAAUUGCAUUUUUUAUAGAUAAUUAUUGCUCAAAUAAGAAUAUUCUUAAAACAGUUAGUUUACAAUUAUAUUUUAUUAAAUUUAACGAAGAAUUAUGGUCAACAAUUGAACGAUAUAAAAAUACUUAUAAUCAUUUUAACUUCUAUGGUAUAUUCAUAAUAGAAACCGAAAUCAUUGAAAAAGUACAAAAACUAUCGAAGAAUACAAAUUUUGCUUAUCAUAUCGAAACAACACAAAUAUGUAAUACUAUUUAUAUUCAUAUUUAUUCAUUACCAUUUUAUUUUGAUAAAUUCUAUGGUUUUACAUCAUGCUCAGAACUUAAUCCCAAUGUUUCAUUCUCAAGUGUUCGUCAUCUUUACUUAACUGAAACAUGUGGAACAUAUAAAAUAUCAUUUGAAUCAUUAGCAAAACGUAUGUCAAAUCUUAUUUCAAUCAAUUGUAAUAUUAAUAUUGAACAUGAUUACAAUACUACUGAACAAAUAAUUAUUGUUGAUAAAGAUAUUUUCUAUCAUGUUCGUUCUCUUCAUUUUACAAUGCGUUGUAAUCGUAAAACAUGUCCUUGUCGAAAAGUUCUUUGUCAUUUACUUAAUCAAAUGCCAUAUUUAGAAUAUUUAAAUACUUCUGAAUUUGAAUUUCUUUCUGGAAACUAUUCAUUACCACCUAUUAAAGAACUUAUUCAAGGAGAUUGCGACGUGCAAUUAGUUAAUCUAUUAAUAAAACGUUUGCCAUAUUUGACAACACUCUCGAUCGGCUACGUACGUACAAAUCCAGAUCACAUGUCGGAAAUUGUUGGUCCUUUUUUCAUUAAUCUUCCAUUAUUUAAAUCAAUUUCCUUUCCGUAUGGUGGUGGGUGGUGUGGUAAUGAUACAACACCUUAUGGAAAAUAUAUUCAAGAAGCAUUAAAACUUAUACAAAAUAUGAAUAAUUCUCUUUCAAAUGUCCAACUCGAUUGGAAGAAUGGGAAAGCAAUGUUUUAUCGUCAAUGA